AGGAAGAAGAGCCCAUCUCAAUUCGCAUAAAAAAAAAAAGAAGAGGAAAGAGCCCAUCUCAAAAUUCUCUGGUCUCUCCCCUCCAAAAACCCCACGCGCCGUUCCCCACUUUCCCCGCCGGUGCACACGCUCCUCUCCCGCCUGCUUCCUGUCCCAAUCCCAUGGGCGACCCGGACCUCCUCCUCUCCGCCCACUCCGCCGCCACCGCCUUCCCCUCCUCAACUCGGAAACACCCUGCCCCCAUCGAUGAGCACUCCUCCGAUCCCAGCCCGUCCAUCACCAAGCGGCCUAGGGUUGCGGCGGAGCCGCCGGUGCCUGGCGGCUCGGCCUCGUACCCCGAGGCGGAGGUCCGGUCGCUCGUCAUGAUGGCCGGAGGAAUCUACCCGCUGGCGCGGGCGGAGGCGCUCCGCGGCCUCGCCGCGGUCCUCGAGAAGGUGGACGCCAGCUGCGGUGUCGGCGCAGGGCUCGUGGAGUGCUGCUACGGAUGCGCGGUGGAGCUCAUGAGGGACGACGACGAGGGCGUCAGGUUGGCCGUCGUGCGAUUGGUAGGCCUAUGUGCUCAGAAAGUUGCUGCGAGGAUGGAUGUCGGCAGCAAGGGCGAUAAUGAUCUCAUGGACUUGAUUUUCCAGCAGCUUAGCUCCAUGGCUAGGGACAUGUGCAUAAAAGUGAGAAUUGAAGCAUUUGCUGCCCUUGGUAAAAUGCAACGAGUUUCUGAGGGUGUAUUACUUCAGUCGCUGUCUAAGAAGGUCAUAAAAACUGACACUAUGAGUGGUUGUAUCAUCAAUGGCCAAAAAUUACCUCCUAAGUUAAUUAUUCCCUGUGCUGCUGGCAUUUUUGCCCAUGGAAUUGAAGAUGAAUUUUACCAGGUGCGAUCUGCUGCUUGCACAUCAUUGGGAGCACUGGCUAAGUUUUCUAGCCAGUAUGCGGAGAAGGCCUUGGACUUGUUGAUGGACAUGAUGAAUGAUGAUACAGAAGCAGUUAGGCUGCAAACUUUGCAAGCACUAUUUCAUAUGGCAACAUAUGGAUAUUUGAGUAUGCAGGAGAAGCACAUGCAUAUGUUUCUUGGCUUGCUGGUUGAUGCCAAUGCCUUAAUUCGAAAUGCAGCGCGCAAGAUUCUUGGGUUAGUCAACCUGCCCAAACUUCAAAUGUUCAAAUCUGCAGUUGAUGGUCUCAUUACAAGUUUGGAGAAAAACCCUGAGGAACAAGAUAUAUAUGGUAUUCUGUUUUCCAUUGGUAAGAAUCAUGGGAGCUUUUCUGCUAAUGUUGCUAAACAUUUGGCCAAAGAGAUCGCUAUGGCAUCUGACGGAGAGCUUAUCUUGGACAAACCUAGGAUCAAAGCAUUGUUAAUAGUGUCAAUCUCAGCACCUUUUUCUGAUGAUAAGCACAAGAAGCUGGACAUACCUUCGAUUAUCUUCUCACAUGCAGUUCCCCUAUUGGGCAAGGUCUCGUGUGCACUAGGAGAAGAGGUUAAUCAGGAUUCACUCUUAUCCUACUUGUGUCAUAAAGGUGGAAUGCCAUUUUGGGGAAGCAGAUCAAUAUCUGCAGAGUUUGGGGAAUCUGAAAGCUGCAAAAUUGAAACUGUAGAAGUUGGUAACCAAAUAGAAAAUACUGCAAAGGCAACUAAGUGCCUAGAUAGAGUUCUGGUAAUGCAAGCCAUUGAAUCCAUACUGCAAACAGUUGAAGGAGCCUGGACUAUGAAAACAUCAUGCAAUAUUUGUGAAGCCCAGACUAUUUUGAGAACAUGCAACAAAGAGCUAAAAGUAUUGGCUGAAAAUUCUUCUGGAUCAGUUGGUGCAUUCUUGAGUUUUCUAUGUGAGUAUCUUGUUGCAAUAAGGUUGAUUGUUGAAAUAUGGCUGUUGAUUCAAUUGGAUAAUUCUCAGGCUUUUGGUCUAACAUCACAUGAUAUUCUACUGGAGAAGUUGGAUAUAUCUGUAAGAAGGAUGGAAUGCUGUUAUGCUGGAUUAAAUAGAGAAUUGGAGGUUCAAGUGUUGGAGCUUGCUUUGUUAGCUAAUUUAUUGGGAUUGUCAAAGAUUGGAGCUUGUUCAAAGGUAGUUCUGGGUAAGUUGCUUUGGGUAAUUAAUCGCCUAGAAGGUCUGUGUGCUGAUGGGUCCUGUGAGCUGUCUGACUUCAGCAGAGAAAUUAAGAAAGCCUUUGAUGCCAACCCAGGUGAUACUCUGAUCGACAACAUUCACACUUUGUUUGAAUUCUUCCGUCUAAAACCAACAACAGAUUUUGGAAUGCUUAAAGCGACAAGUGCAGUGUUGCAGGUUUGUGAUAAUAAUUCUGAAAAUCCACUAUCAUACAUUUGUGGGUUACCAGUGGGUGUCAGCUUUAACAUAUCUCUGUGGAACAUAUCUAGUCAUCAUAGAUUGUGGCUCCGCAUGAGUAUUGGUGAGUCUGUGCAACAUACCUUCUUAGAAUUUUCGUCCUUUGAAGGUAAUGAGGAGGUGAAGACCUGUUCUAUGGUUGUUCCUCUUGAUUCUACUCCAAUGGCGCAUUCAUUUGUUCUAAGAGUAUGUCUGCUGAUGGAAUGUUCAUAUGGAAGUAUCAGCACCAACCAGGGAGGACAUGGAGGACCGAGUGAUUGUGUGGUCCAACUCUCCGAUGAACUGGAUGUUUAUUUUGUCAGGAUUGGGCAAAGGUAGUCGUUAAAACAAGUGAUCAUAUGCUCUCCGUCAUGCGCAUUAUCUCCAACACUUGCUCGAGUAGUGUGGAUAGUUCGCAUGCUUUCACAACACAUAAGGUGGAUUAGAACAGCAGACCACAAAUGCGAGUAUCAUGUAAUCCAUCAAAAUACUCAUGUCCGUUUUGGAUGGAUGAGGCAAGUGACUGGGAAGAAUUCACACCUCAUAAAGGUCCAGGAUCUCAGAGAAGAAAGAUUCUUUUGUGCUGAGAUCUUUGUAGCGGUAGCAGAAGCAAGCAGAUGUGCCACAUAUUUCAUAACUGUAUGAAUAGUUUGGAGGUGCAAAUGGUUUGCAAUCUUGUUCAAGCGCUUGAAGUUUGUCAGGAGCUACUGCUUCUCUUGGAUUGUGAGCCUGAUGAUGGAGAAGGGCCACCAUAACGUGCUGCACUGUGCUGGACAAGGUUAGAUUGAGCAGUCCGUGGAUAGAGGGUGAAUUUAUUUGUCAUGAACUUGUGCUCUCUGUUAUGCUCAUAAUCUUCAGCACUUGCUCGAGUUGUGUGGAUAGUUUGCAUGCUUUCACAAUGCAAAAAGUGGAUUGGAACAGUAGACCAUAAAUGAGAGUAUCAUGUAAUCCAUCAAAUUACAUGUUCGUUGCGGAUGGAUUAGGCAAGUGACUUGGAAGAAUUUGCACCGUGAUCCAGGAUCUCUGAGAAAAAGGAUUCUGUUGUGCUGAGAUUUUUGCAGUGGCAGCAGAAGCAAAGCAGAUGUGCCCCAUUUUUCAUAACCAUAUGUAUAGUUUGGAGGUGCAAUUUUUUUUUAGAGGAGUUUGGAGUGCAAAAUGGUUUGCAAUCUUGUUGAAGCGCUUGAAGUUUGUGAGCUGCUGCUUCGCACGGAUUGUGGGCCUGAUGAUGGAGAGGCCCACCUAACGCGCUGCGCUGUGCCGGACAAGGUUAGAUUGAGCAGCCCGUGGAUGGAGGAUGAAUUUUCUUUGUCGUGCAUUUAUGUGGCCGGCGUGUGACGAGGAUGACAAACUGCUCGAUCGGAAUUAUUCAGUACUGUCAAUGUUAGCUCUCUUACCGUACUCGUGAAUCGUGAUAUAUGGACCGGUGUAUUUUGCUAGCUCUUCCUAGGUUUUAGUUCGUGCAGUUUACUUACGAUCAUGUCCAGAUAAUUAAGGUAUAUAUCGCGGUCAUUACCAUGAGAUGUGUAUCUAUCGAUAAGCUGAUUGUUGUUUUGCCUAUGAAAUUAAUCAUGAAUCAAACUCCCUUCUCCCUACAAAUUA